AUGAAACGAAGAAUCACCUUCAUCCAGCGCGUCGAUGCUAGCUUUGACCCGCAGCAAGCUGUGCUAACCGCAUCAUCCCUCUCCGUCCGCGACCUGGACGCCGCGCGGGAGGAUCGCAUUACGGUCGGAUUGCACGAGCUUCCAGAGGAGUUGCGUGCUGUCCUCGAGCAAUCUCAUGAGCUUCACCUCCGUUGGGCCUCCGAGAGGUCUUUUGAUGCCGUCACGCCAUAUAGUAGCCGGGUCUCGCCUGGUCUGCAUGUGAAUUAUACUCCUCUCCAGUCGGAGUCAUCUUCGAUUCGUUCAUUACACCCCCCGCUUCUCUCGACACGAUUCGCUUCCUCGGCCUCCCUACAAUAUUACACCCACCUCCCUUCCAUUCGGUCUCUGGUCAAAUAUAUUCGGGAUAAUGUCUGUUCCCAGAGUCGUGAAGAUGGCCCUGAGUGCCAUAUCCGCGCCGAUGCUCUCCUUUCUGCAGACUCGGUCGAUAUCGACUAUGACAACAUUUCGCACGCCUUAACUAUGUCCGGGCUCUGGACCAGUCCACCCUUGGGUGGUUGGACGGAUAAAUUUCAGACGCCAGCAUCGGCUGACGAUCAAAUCGAGCUCGGUCUGUUGGGCGCCGAGGCAGGGCUUGAGCCAGAGGAGAUCAAGAUGGGCGGGCUGUUAGCGGUUGUUGGACAAGACAAGAAGCUAAAACCAACCAUGUUCUCAUUCCCCUCUCGCCACCAGUCUCUCACUGAACCAUCCAGUUACACCGUCUCCUUCGCUCCCCCAACUGGUCUCCACCCAACAAUGUCCAUAUCCAUGCCCCGAUCAUCACUCAAACGACCACCAGCACCCAGCGACGCAACUUGCGCUCUACACACAUACCUCACCCUUCCCUCCACCAUCUUCGGAGAUCAAUACCAGCUUGCAACAACAGAUCCACUUUUCCUCGAGUCUCACAAUCUCGUAGCUCUGCGUGCUUUAGCAGGCGAAAUGGAUCUUGAAGCACCAGACUGGGUCGUUCAGCGCUGGGGCUCAAACUGGCUCCUCGAACUAGCUACCCCCCCAGAAGCCGAACACGCGGCCAGCACAUCAGACCCCUCAAAUUGGACCGCAACUAUUCCUCUACACCUGCGCUACCUGCCACCCUCCGAAACAGGACACCGCACUGCCCACAUCCCCUGGCCCGUCGUCUUCUGGGCCUGUACUGUCGAGGACAACACGAAGAUGGGCGUGAACCCCUUCGACCGCACAAACCUUGGCUGGGACAGCUUGUUCGGUCCGCGAACCCUGUUCUACCAGCUUCAGCCUGCGGGAAAUCGUCUUGUUGAGGAGAUCGAUGUGCCUGUUCUACGACUUGAGGGCGGGGAUGGCUACUUCCAGGGUAAAUAUAUUGAGCUUGGCACUUGUGUGGCUAUCUCUCUUGGAUUUAUGUGGGUGCUUUGGCGGCUUGCUCGUGUUGCUUGGUCGUCUGGUGUUGGGAGUAAACGGGCCGAGGCUGCGCAUGAUAAGAAUGAUUGA